GUAGAGAGUUGCAGCUUGCUGUGAGUUCUCUUUGGCAGUGCUGAGGCUUUUGUGAUUCGGUGCAAAUUCGUUUUGUACUUCUCUCUGAGUAAUUUGAACUUCCGCUAUUUUACAACAUUUUUCACUUUCAAAAAAGAACUGUUUGGGCCUGGUUUGAUAAAAUAUAAUUCCCCCAUCAUAACAAUGGGCAUUUGCACCUAUCCUGUUUCUUCCUUCCCAUUUUGGGUCUCUGGCGAAAGAGUACGGGAGUUCUGCUACUGCAUGCUUUAUGCACUUACAUGCAAAUUGUUUAAUGUGAUCUUCACUUUCUUCUUUGCAGUAGUUGGUGCAGAAAUGGGGGCCAUGAUUGGAGCUUUGAUUGCCAUAAAAACAAAGAGCAGCGUGUUCCAUGGGACCGCGGUUGGAGCGAUCAAGGGUGGCAUUUUCUCCAUUGAGCUUUUCAGAAUUAUACUUGAUCUAUGGAAUUCUAAUAUUAGUAGUUCAAGGUUUUUCCUCUCCUUGAUUGACAUAAUCGCAAAACUUUUGAGUGGAAGACCCGUUGCAGAACCAUCUACACCAACCUUGCCAAGCGCAGUGCAAAUGCAAAGACAGAAUGUGACUGAUCAGGUACAUGCUUCCAUUACAACUUCUGAGGAGGUCCCAAUGAGAACCACCAUGGGGUUAUCAAGAUAUUCAGAUGAGAAGAUCCCCAGGUUCCAAAUCACAUACAGACACAUCUUAGAUUCCUCAGGGAAUGGAAUAUCCUGCUCAAUUUGCCUUCAGCACUUUCAGCUAGAGGAAAUGGCUCGUAGCUUGCCGCCUUGUCACCACAUUUUUCAUUUGCAAUGCAUAGAUAAGUGGCUUGUGGGGCAUAGCUCUUGCCCACUGUGCAGAGGGGAAAUAUAACUUACACCAAUUGAUAAUUGCACAAUAUUCACAGUCAACUUUGGUUCAAGUCAGCAAGGACAAAAAUAUUGAUAUAAUAUAUGAGCACUUUACUGGAAGCUUGCACGUUUCUUCUGUAUUGAUUCUCACGUGUUUCAAAGAAUUACGAGUCAACAAACACAAGUUAUUAUGUACAAUAGAGUCAGUCGCUUAUGGGUUCUCAAAUCAAAGAAAAAUCUCACACGUCACAGCAGAAACUAGACAAAGAUUGAGAUGAAGAUGGGGUAACAUGAGCCCUGUCGUGAAAAAAUCAAAGGGACACUAUGGUGGAGAAGCUCACCAGGGAAGAUGAAGCACUGUUCAUGCCAAUUCAAGUGACUGGAAUGAGGUUGAUGAAGAACGAAACAUGCACAACUAAAGACUUUCAGCAGGGAAUAAUUUUGAAUUGAGGCAUAUUAUGGACGCUCAUACGAAUGAAUUCAUAUCAAGAAUAGAUGAGGGGGUGCAAUUCACGGUAUACACUGCACUCACUGCAGUUAGGGACGGUUCGCCCCAGAUGUGCAGAGCAUGAACAUAAUCAAGUCUUUGUUGAUGCUUAAGCUCGGCUCAACCAUUUUGCUGUGUAUCAAGACCAACUUAAUGAGACAAGGUCCUAUAAGCAUCGAAGAGAUUAACAAAUCAAUUUCUUUGUAUUUCAUGGCAAUAUUAGAAUGAAAGAUUUUGACUGAGUUAGAAAAAUGUGUAUCAAC